AUGGACAAGAUCCACCCUCGCAUCCACUCCUACCUUGAGCUGUUUCUUGUUCGCUUCACGCUGGCGAAGCGGGCACAGAUUGGGUUCUGGCGGCUACCAGGGCUUUCUCCGCCGCACUCCGCCCUACUCCGACCAGCUUUCUUCUUCUUUUUCACGUAUAUCAGAUUCUCUUCAUCCUUUUCUGCGUCGAGGAACGAGCGCGUCUUUGCUGGAAAAUCCGUGCGCUUUUCUCAAGAGGAUUCAUGCGAUCCAAGUUGUUCAAUUUUGCCCAGAAAUGAAGGAGAUAGAGAGUUGGUUUGUCAAGUGCACAAAGAAGAACGUUGUCAAGAUGUGAAGAAAAAGCUUGAGAGGAGUCAAAACCGAAGCAGUUACUCGAGUUUCUCAAUGCUAAAUAUUCCUGAUUCAGUGAGCCCUAUAAUUUCCGAUGUCACGUCUUCAAGCAGUAGCAGCAGUGGCAACAACUUGCAGUCCACGGAUCCUUCCGCUCGGCCUCAAAUUGCUGGACUCACCAUCCACGAUGAGCAAAGGUCAUGUCCAAACGAUUACCACAACACCAACAACUUUGUACUUAACUUCACCUUGCUGUUGCCCUCUGGUGAACAUUUGCAUCGGACAAGUGGCCUUCUGUUGAAAAUUGAGCAUGAUGCCCAAAAACACAGAGACAGCAAAUGCCGUGUUUUUGACUUUCACAGCGUCAAGUUUCCGCCUGAAGCAAAGUAUGAAAAGAAAUAUAUUCAGUAUAAUUUUUUUACCUAUUUCCAAAAAUUCAAAACUCAUGUUUUCCAAGUAAAAUUAAUUGCUCUCCCUGGAGGUGUCAACUCCACGUAUAUUGUGACUGCUUAUGUAAAUCCUCUGAAAGUAAACAAGAAGAGGACAAUAGCUGUUUCUGUUGGCACAGAGAGCAGCAGCCUCCACGUUGUGUUUGAACCGAGUCGCCAGUAUGUGGCUGACAGUUACAACGUUAGCUUAAUUCAGUUCUCUCACCCUAGGGACCCCUAUUCCUCUCGGAUUGUCCAGCAGCAACAGUUGGCUGGCAACCAAACUGAGGCCGAGUUUACUGAUGUUCAACCUGGUUAUUAUCAAAUUCAGGUGAAUGUCAUUAGUUCUGAUUGUGAAGUGCAGACUAUGAACUCAACCUCAUUCACAAUGGGUAGCCCUUUAAAAAAUGGCCGCAGUACCUCUAGUAAAACAUUAACAACCACUACUGCUGUAUUGAAGCAUAGAAUAAGUAGUACCUCAGGUAUAGUGAAGACCACCACCUCUGAAACAAGGACAAUUAGUCACCAACAAGAUGAUGUCAAGAUUCAACCAUCAGACCAGAGUGGUGAAUAUGAACGCUCCCUUAAGAUUAUGUUGGGCACUGUUUUUGGUGUGGUGGGCAGUGUCACUAUCAUCAUUGUGGUGUUCUGUAUGUAUCGCAAGAGAAAUUACACUUCUGGAUCACAUAUUGAACAUCCACAAUUAUCAGAUGCUAUGAUUGAAGAUUUUGACAUGAAACAGCAUUUCCCAAAUGUCUUACUUCUUUAUUCUUCUGACUGCACUGCACAUGAAUGUGCUGUGCAGGCUGUUGCAGCUUUCCUUAUGCAAAUCUGCAAUUGUAAUGUGCACAUCGACUUGUUUGAAGAACACGUUAUUCAAGAGAAAGGUCUCAAUGAUUGGCUUUUGGACAAUCUCCAAGAAGCAGAAUACAUUAUGGUCCUCUGUUCGGUGGGUUCCAGGCUCCGGUGCAAGAAGAACAUGCAGUUUCGUCAGGAUCCACAUCGGACUAUACCGGAUUACUUUGCACUUGCAGUUGACUAUGUCGCUGAAAAGAUGCGUAUCGAACGAUGCAAGGGUAUGUCCCUGUCAAAAUUUAUUGUGCUCUAUUUGGAUUACUCAGUGGAAGGGGACAUUCCGGCACAGCUGGAUCUUGCUCAGAAGUUUCAGAUGAUGCGAGACAUUUCGAGCCUUGUGUGUCAUCUUCAUGGACUCAGCUCGGAACGGUCUAAAUUUUCAACAUAUCCCGGAAUCACGGCUAAAAAUUAUGACAAGUCUGAUGUCGGCCUUCGCCUAAAAGUCGCCAUUGAACAAGCUAAGCAGUAUUUUAAAGACAAUCCCAGCUGGGUUGAGGAUCACCUUGAACCUGUGCCACGACCUGUUGGCAGUAAAUUUAAGCCGAAACACACCCGGCACAGUUCUGGGGAACCACUGUUACUCCCUGAACAUAAUAUUGAAAAAACUUCCAAUCAAAAACAUGUGAACCGACACGCCUCUUUUUCCCAUUAUCUUGGCUCACAGAGAGAUAUCUUUGGAAUGUAUAAUCAGGAGAGCCGUGUUCCUGUCACAAAUUUGGUUCACUCUCGAUUGAACUCGUUACCGUCAUCAUUAAACAGUCAUGCGACCCUAACUCCAUUUCCCCUCUCCACACACACGUCUCACAGUUACGAGAACAUAUCACAGGGCAAGAAGAUGCAAGAACUUGACAUGUUCUGUGCAGAGCCCAACAUCUCUUUAACACUUUACCCUCCAAUACAGCAGCAGCAUCAUAAACCACAUCUUCAGCAGCAGCAGCAGAGUCCACAGUCAGAGGCUGAAGAAGGCUUUGAUGUGCAGCGUGGAAAGAGCCGGUCACUCCCGGUGGUCAGCAGGGCAAAUAAGUCACUGACCGUUCUUGAAGCAGAGGUUCAUAAAGAGUGGGACCCUGAAACCAAACUCCUGUCUGGAUCUCCUCCACCAGAGGCAGAUUCGUCCAGUAACGAGGGAGAACUGGAAUUAGACUUGUUGUCCAUAAAAAUCCCCCCAAAUUUCCGGCAUGUCUUCUAUACACCAAACCAGAACUGUGUGGAGCUGCAACCAUGCUUCUGUAGUAACAGCAGUGGCGUCGGCACUGGUGUCGUAUACCGUCCAGCCCACAGAAAGGGUCUGUCGGUGUUGGGCAUGGGGACUACUAAUAUGGGGGUUGGUGGGGGUGGAAUUACAAUAGGUCAUCGGGGCAGUGAAGACAACCGGUCACUCUGUCGGCCAUUUCCUACACUUGAGCCUUUGCCACGCUGUGUGAGUCUGGAUGACGGCUCAACUACGUCAUACGAAUCAGUGAUGGACCAAAUAAUGAAUAGUGGACCUAACAUAUUGGAUGGGCCAUUUGUAGGCUAG